AAUUUAUAUCUGCAUUCCAUAUCCGGUCUUAACAAAAAAUAAAAAUGUUGGCAACAUUUUAUACAAAGGCAAUUUUUCAGACAUUUCGUAGUUCUCUUUCAAUUAAGGAAAUAUACGCAAAUUAAGUAUUCAAAAAAUACUUAAAGAAUCAGCAGGUUUGUUUGGAAUAUCAAAUGUUCAAGCUAUUGAAAUGAUGUUUUCGUUUUCUUGCCGUUGUUAUAGACGCCGAAUGACUGACAGAAUGAAUGCAUCAUAUCUUAAUAUUAAUAUCUGACCAUUCACAAAACAAUCAAUCACACUUCGAAAGCCAAAUAAUUGAAAAUAUUUUAAAUAUUUAUUUUUUAAAUUAUGGUUUCAUAUGUGUCACGCACAUUGAUAUGUGUAAUGCACAGUUGCGCACUUAACCAAAAAUUACAUCGUUACUGCUUCCUGCCUAAGAAAAAGUCAAAGAGUAUGACAAUGACAGUAUAAGUAUACUGUAUACCCCCAAGUUAUAAUUAUAAUUCAUGCUUCCAAAUCCAAUCACUCACAAUAACUUAACCAAGCCAUUUUAAUUUUACUGCUCUUUAUUUGGCUUUGACACAAGUAUUUCACUCACUUGUGUAAGUGUAGAAUAGGAUAUUUAACUUCUAAGAUCUAUUUGAUGCAACUAUAAACUGGAGAGGCUGUUUUAUUUUUCCCAUCACUGCUACUCAACUCCGCUUCCUCAAUAAAUACUAGGCUACUUAUAGUGCAAAUAGUAAUUGGCAAUAUAACUUACAUGUCAUAUGAUAUAGGCUAUUGCUUACACCACAGAAUAUAUGAUAGAAAUAGGCACUCCAAUACUAGUUGCGCUGGCCGUAAAAAAAAAAUGUGGGCAGCGCAAGGCCGAAUUUGCAGGAUGAGCUGGAGAUGUCCUUUUUCUACACAUCUCACAGCCAAUUCCACCUUAUGUAUGUUUCUCAAGGUAGAUCAAGGCUUUAAAAAAUUUCGUCAUAAAAAAUAUGCAGAUGCAAGUCUUCCUGCUUUGAAAAAAUACAUUUAUUAUGUUAACGUUACAAAAACAAUGACACAUUCACUCUCCUCUCAGUUCAUUGAGAGAAACCCCAAUGCUUAAAUUUUACCAGGAAUUUUGUUUUCAUAACUAAAUAAAAUACCUUUAAAAUAUAAAAGGAAUACCUUAAUGAAAGCUAAUUGGAUACAUUUUCUGGAAUGAAUAAUGAUAUAUUUGUUCCCAUAGCAGCUGAUGCAAAAAAAACAAAAAAAAUUAUACUUGAAUCAUGUGUAUUAAUUUAUUUUACAAUUGAUGACAUUAAAUACAUUUCAUAAAGACUACAGAAUUACAAUAAAGUUCCCUGGAAAUAUAUAUAAUGUAUAAUAUAAUUUUUAAUUACAAAUUUUGUUAUUUCAUGAAAUAUACAUAUGAAUUAUACGAUCAUUUAAUGAUUAUUAAGAUUGUUUUGUCAUCUUCAUGUAAUAAAUUAUAACUCUAAUGUACAAUAGAUGACCAGUCAUUUUCAUACUUGGGCACUGCACCAAUAUGUUUUAGUGCAUGUCUCACUUAGUUGAUAUGAUGUAGAUAUAAAUAAAUAAUUUUAAAACACUUUGUCAAAAUCUUUUGUGUGCAGGUCUUUAAAAAUAUGUAUAAUAUUACAUUAAAGAAUGCAAUAAAUGUUCAUAUUUUUCCAGUGAAUUUUCAAGACAGUAUGCAGGAAGUCAAUGUUAAAGUUGCUGUACGGGUAAGCGAUUAGAUAGCUAUCACGAGAUAUUACAUCAUCGCUGUGAAGUUAAGAAAGAAUUACAUUCUUGUGUGUUUGUGUGCACACAGUUAACUUAAUUUAUUUUUAACAUCAGUUUUGAUAUUUGCACAGGUCCGUCCCUUACUUCAGAAAGAAAAGUUGGGGGGAGAACAAGUUUGUGUCCGAGUUGGGUCUAAUUCUGGCCAAAUUGUAGUGGGUACAGAUAGAUCUUUUACAUUUGAUAAUGUUCUCUUCAACUGCACUCAGCAGGUAUGUAUAUAAUGUAUAUUAACAUAUUACAUGUUUACUUGCAAAAAUAUAACCAUUACGUGAGGAACUCUACCGAGAAAAAAAAUGUUCAAAUGCAUGCAAACAAGUAUUAAAAUAAUUUUAAUGAAAUCAAUUUUUGUUUAAAUAUGCCUACUCAGUAAUUACUAAAAAAUCUAAUUUGUUUAAAUUUCCCUACUCAGCGUUAAUAAUUUAUACAAGUGUAAUUUAUCCUUCCAACUAUUCAAUUUCUAUUUUAUUUUAUUCUAAAAAUAUUUACUGUUGUUGUAGGAAGUCUAUAACAAGUGUGUGGAGCCACUUGUACAGAGUAUCUUUGACGGCUACAAUGCUACUGUAUUUGCCUAUGGACAAACAGUAUGUGAGAUUUUAGUACCGGUAUUUCAUAUUAAAAUCACGCUUUUUAAUUUCUAAAGGUGUUAAAAAUAAAUUAAUAAAGGCACAAAAUCUAAUGUAGAUUUAAUUAUUGGUAGCUUGAGACCAGGUCUACCACCCAUAUCUGGUUAAGUAAAUAAAAUAACCAGGUCUGCUCCCAAAAGCUAAAUUUUGUAAAUGUAAAUUGAGCUCUGAAUGAGUGUUUAGAAUUAUAAAUUUUUUGGUCUAAUCUUAACUCUGGCAUCUCUUAUUUACAAUGACACUUGAAUAUUUCUUUACUAUAACACUGUCAUUCUUACCUUACAACAGCACUGUCAUUAAUUCAUAAAAAUAACACUGUCUUAAUUUAAACACUGUCAUUCUUACCUUACAACAGCGCUGUCAUUAUUUCAUAAAAAUAACACUGUCUUAUUUUAUUAUAAUAACAAUAUCAUAAUUUCAUCAAAAUAGCACUUUCGUGAUUUGAUUACAAUAACACUGUCAUUAUUUUAUCACAGGGAUCUGGAAAAACAUAUACAAUCGGUGGAGGGGAUAUAACUGCUCUGACGGAAGAGGAAUAUGGCACAAUUCCACGAGCUAUCCAUCACAUGUUCAAAAUUAUGGAGGUUAAAACUUAAAAUGUUUGUUUUCCUUUGAGUGUUAGAAGUAUUGAUGGAUUGUUUGUGUGUAAAAAUUUUGUAUUGGAAAAAAUUAAUGAUUGAUGAACUUGUAAAAUAGUUCAUUAAAUACAUGAUUCAUGAACAUGUAAAAAAAAAUAUCAAGUUUCUGAUCUAUGAACAAUUGAAAUUUAUUAUUUUUUUAUUUUCAACAGAGCACAAAGAAUAAAACCUUUUCAAUCCAUGUGUCCUAUAUAGAGAUCUAUAUGGAAGAGUUACGUGACCUUUUAGCUCUUGACACACCUUCAAAAGAUCUUCAUGUUCGUGAGGACAGCAAAGGAAAUACAGGUAAUAGAUGAGUUGUCCAAUAACUAAGAUAAAUUUAAGUACACGUGAAUUUAAAUGUUGCUGAUGUUGUUCUUUUUUAAAGAGAUUAAAUAAAGAUUUCAGGAAUGGUAAGUUUAUGAUCUUCGUGCGAUUUAAUUCUCUAUUUCACAUUUAUUUACACAGUGAUAAUAGGAGCAAGGGAGGUGGAGUGUGAGACCUUGGAUGAAGUUAUGUCACUUCUGGAAUCAGGCUCAUCGGCCCGACACACUGGAUCAACACAGAUGAAUGAGCAGUCGAGCCGCUCACACUCAAUCUUCACAGUUGUCAUUGGUGGGUUGAUGGGUAGCGCCACAGCAUAAUUAUGUGCAUAACAUUAAAUGGUUUUCAAAUCUAAAUAAGAUAAACUAAACAUAGACAUGUUUAAUAAUUGUGGCACAUUAAUCAGCAUGUCAGCUGAUGGCAGAUUAAUCAGCAUGUCACCCGCUGGCCCAUUAAUCAGCAUGACAGCCGAUGGCACAUUAAUCAGUAUGUCAGCCGACAGCACAUUAAUCAGCAUGUCAGCCAACCAGUCAGAUCAAGCAGAGGGAACCACUGAUGGAUGCAUUCAUCUCAUUAGAAAAAUUAUAAUUUAGUGCAGCUUUGUGGUGAUUGACUAAUAAUUAUGUCACUAACAAGUGAGAAAAGGAAAUAUACGAGUGCUAAUAACAAGAAACAUAAUGUAUAAAAGGCAGAUUUUUGUAAAGCUAAAUUAUAACAGAAAGUCUUCAGUGGUCACAGUAGCGACAAGAGAUUAAAUUUGUUAUAAAAUUGAUUUUUUGGAUUUUGUAUUUCUAUAAAUUUUUGGUUCUGUAAAUUUAAGUGGGUUUUUUUUUCCUUAUUUUUAUACUUCUAAUUUUUAACAAACUAAACAUAAGGACAGAUUAUGCUCUAGACUAUAAAUGUCCAAUGCAUAAACUGAACUAUAUUACUAUAUAUUUUUAACUUCAAACCUCUAUAUUUUUAGGUCAAAAGUGGUCAGAGUCAGAUCCAGUGACAGAGAAGAGACUGAAGCAGCCUAGUGACACCAGCCUGGAUACAUUAGAAAAUGAGGGUAAUAUAUGUUGUGAUAACACAAUCCAUUAGAACAUGAGGGUAAUCUAUGUUGUGAUAACACAAUCCAUUAGAACAUGAGGGUAAUCUAUGUUGGGAUAACACAAUCCAUUAGAACAUGAGGGUAAUCUAUGUUGUGAUAACACAAUCCAUUAGAACAUGAGGGUAAUUUAUGUUGUGAUAACACAAACCAUUAGAACAUGAGGGUAAUCUAUGUUGUGAUAACACAAUCCAUUAGAACAUGAGGGUAAUCUAUGUUGUGAUAACACAAUCCAUUAGAACAUGAGGGUAAUCUAUGUUGUGAUAACACAAUCCAUUAGAACAUGAGGGUAAUCUAUGUUGUGAUAACACAAUCCAUUAGAACAUGAGGGUAAUCUAUGUUGGGAUAACACAAUCCAUUAGAACAUGAGGGUAAUUUAUGUUGGGAUAACACAAUCCAUUAGAACAUGAGGGUAAUCAUGAGGAUAACACAAUAAGAUUAGAUUUGAGUUUUUUCAGCUUUCCAAUCAUCAUUAUGAUUGUAAGAAAAUAACUCUUGAUAAGCCUUCUGAGUUGACCACCAGGGACUGUUGGAUAUAAAGAUGAAUGAAACAACAUAUUAUUUAAACUUGUCUGAUUCAUCAGCUUGUUGAAGCCGACGAUGGUAAAGCAAGCAUUGAUGGGAAUUAUAUGUGUGGACUUCAUUUAACUUUCAUUUUAAUCCGUUUCCAUUUGGCUUCUAAUGUGGAAACCUUGCGAUACUUUUUAAAUCAAUUUUUUUCAUUGUGAUAAGAAUUGAUAAUUAAAAUUUGUAUAUACUUGAAUCCCCAGACAUCAGCCAUUACAUGAGUGGGAAGUUCCACUUUGUUGACCUGGCUGGGUCAGAGAGAGCUCACAAGACGGGCAACAUUGGGGACAGAUUUAAAGGUAAACAUUUCAUUUGGGACAUUUGGGUUAACAUGUAAAAAAAUCUAAACUUGGUGUAAAAAAAAACGUAAGCAUUUUUGUGGUCAAAGGGAUCUCUUUAAGCAGUGUUUUCCAAAAAAAAAUGAUAAAGGGACAUAAUAAUGUCUUUGGGGUGUUUCUUAUGUAUGUCAUUUAUAUAUAUAUAUAUAUAUAUAUAUAUAUAAAUAUAUACAUGCAUAGAUUUAUAAAUUCUUUAAAAGACAUGAAAACCUUGGGCAACCACCACAGAAUAUUUCAUACAUAGACUGUGUCUCUUCUUUGAUACAGAAUUACAUGCUAAAAGUUCAGGGUACGAUAAAUAGUGUUUCUUUUGGAGUUAUUGCCCAUGGCUUAAUUAAAACUUUGUAUUUGUUUGAAGAGCACUUCAAUCUUGCAGCCAUAAAUUACCUUGUAAGGAAAUAUUACCUCGCCUUGCUGAUUCAAAUCUAAUUCCAUUUUUUAAAUUUUUUCUCCUAGAAUCUAUUCACAUCAAUUCUGGUCUGCUGUCACUGGGAAAUGUGAUAAGUGCCCUGGGUGAUGUCAAGAAAAAGUCAACUCACAUUCCAUACAGAGAAUCUAAGAUCACCAGACUAUUGAAGGUAAUGUUUGGACCUCGGUAACUAGUAAGAGACAUUUUAUAUACCACAAUAGCUGCUCACUCUUGCAACACCACAAUGGCAGCUCACUCUUGCAGCACCACACUAGCAACCCAUUCUUGCCACACCACAAUAGAGCUCACUCUUGCCACAACACAAUAGCCACUCGCUCUUGCCACACCAUAUUUACGAUCGAUACUACUUGCAUAAUUAUAGUGUACAAGUUACAGUAAUAACUUGUGACAUUUGGGUAACAAAUUAUGUGUAUUGUAUCAUUUGUACCUGCAAUUGAUUUUUUUAAUGUGAGGUUUUGUAAAACAAUCAAUUUUUUUCCCCUUCCAUCAGGACUCGCUUGGUGGUAAUGCCAAAACUCUGAUGAUCUGCUGCGUGAGUCCAUCUUCGUCCAGCUUUGAUGAAUCUCUCAACUCUCUGAAAUAUGCCAACAGGGUAACACAUUGUUUCACCGGCUUACAUCCACUCAUUUACAUCCACUCAUUUACAUCCACUCAUUUACAUCCACUCAUUUACAUCCACUCAUUUACAUCCACUCAUUUACAUCCACUCAUUUACAUCCACUCAUUUACAUCCACUCAUUUACAUCCACUCAUUUACAUCCACUCAUUUACAUCCACUCAUUUACAUCCACUCAUUUACAUCCACUCAUUUACAUCCACUCAUUUACAUCCACUCAUUUACAUCCACUCAUUUACAUCCACUCAUUUACAUCCACUCAUUUACAUCCACUCAUCAACCUUAACUCUUAAAGCUGUAUUUGGUUUUUUUUAAUAUUUUAUUUUUGCUUAACAUUUCCAUUUCGCUAAAACAAAAAAAAAAUCAAUGACAGUGCUGUUCUUUAAUUAGGGGCUUGACGUUACUUCAACAAGAACAAACAUUUAAUUUAUGAUUAAAAAAAAUAAUUUUUUUUUUACUGGUCUGCAAAAAAUAUUACAGUUAUUGUUCAUAAUUUAUGCAACUGCAGUACUUACAUGGUGUGUCAAGACACACCAGAGUUUCACGGGUGUGCCACAACAUUUUAUUUUAAUUUAAAAGGAAAGAGGAUAAAAAUCAUUAUAAAAGGAAUUUUAGAAAUUUAACAUACAAAUUGGGUUGUCAUUAGGGCAAAAAUUGUUACCAUUCAUAUAAUCCAACCAUCUAAUGUACCUGGUAAAAAAGAAUAAAAAUAAAUUUCUUUUAGACCCUUUUUUUCACCCAAAACAGUUGAAAUUUUUCAAAAGAUUGAGAUGUUGUGUCCAAUCAUUUCACUAAGUGUGUCGUAAAAUAAAUGAUGAGUCAUCAAAACAUAAAAUUUCUUUCUUAAUUUUUUUCUACUCACCAUACUGUCGCUUUAAGCUAUACCAUAAAAAAGACAACAACAGUUUCUCUGAAAUAAUGUUACACCCCAGUAAGCCACACCCAACGAUCCCCAUCCUGCUCCAAACUUCCAAGUGUUUCAAUGAACCAACAGUCUUUUUUUAUGCUUAAUCUCCAGGCCAAGAAUAUAAGGAACAAACCCGUUAUCAACAGAGACAUGCAGUCUAUUCGAUUUGAAGAAAUGCAGUGUGAGAUUAAGGUAAAAAUGUACUACAUACGUUUUACAGUUAUGGGUAUCCUAAGGAGGGGGCAAGGACGCGCAUCCUCCUCCCCACCCUUUUUUAUUUUCCACUUUUAAACUUAAGAUUACAAAUAAAGUCCCUGUGAGGCUGAGUCAGGAGGAGAUGCAGGACGAAACAAUUUGAAAUCUUCAGCAGGAACUACUGACGGUCAAUUUGGUACACCAGUGGCAGUAAAUGUGACGACGUGAAGCAACAAAAAAAAAAAAAAAAAAAGAAUACAUUGAAAAGGGGCAAAAAACCUGUGAGGCUGAGGCAGGAGGAGAUGCAGGACGAAACAAUUUGAAAUCUUCAGCAGGAACUACUGACGGUCAAUUUGGUACACCAGUGGCAGUAAAUGUGACGACGUGAAGCAACAAAAAAAAAAAAAAAAAAGAUUACAUUGACAAGGGGCAUAAACGGUAGUCUAUUUACCUACCUUAUUCCUUUCAUUAAAAAUCAAUUUAAAUGUAUUGAUAAACGUUGCAUUCCAUGACCCUCCCACAAAGAUUUUUGCGCAUGCUCAUGACCCGUGAUUUAGAGCAAGCGUUCUAGUUUGAAAUUCUUUGUGUCGUUUGCGUCACACUUCUGCUCGUCCAAGCAGCAUUUCAUAUAAGAAAUAAUUUCUAUGAUUACCAGGCCCUGAGGGAGGAGCUUGCAAGACAGAGGACAACCAUGAGCUUGUACCCUGAGGCGGACGGCCAGACAGACGCCGGCCGCACCAAGGAGCUGGAGGACAAGAUAAGCAGGUCAGCCGUUUGUGCAUUAACCUUUGACCCUUGAAUAUUUUAACCUUGAAGGUGACAACAAAGAAAAUCGAACACGGAAGAAACGGGAGGGAAAACGUUAGUUAAAAAAGAUAGUUAAUUAUAGUUAACAAGCAUAUGAUACUGUAUUUGGUUUCAGCCAAAGGCCACAGUCAUAGAGAACAGUUUAAGUUUAAAGCCAUAUUUUAUGACUUUAGUUUAUAGAUGAAGGUGACAACCAUAGAUUAUAACUACAGACCUGUUUAUCGUCUGGUUAGUGUCAGAGUAUUUUUCAGCUCUCAAAAACGUAGUUUCAAGCUCCAAAGAGAGGUUUGGUCAAUUUGGGGGUGAGGAGGGGGGAGGAGGGUUUACAAUCAUAAUACAAGGUGUCAGGAAAUCCACUCAGCUGCUUAUAUACGUUAACAUAAUGAUAUAUAUAAGUUAUGGUUCUCCGAUUCUUUGAAGAAUGUCAUUCUUUUUGGAUUGCUAGCGGUGCUAACACAAAAAUUGUGGUAACUUUUUACUGAUAUUUUUUAAAAAUUAAAAAUAAACCAAAGAAAUGAAAAAACUCCUGAAAACUUAGUUUUUUUAGGCUCAUCGAAGUGUCAUAGUUUUAGGCUAAAAAAUGUACAGCAAAAGCAUAGGGUUAAAUAAGUCUCAGCUGCAGGUUACAUCCAGAAGUUACUGCUACAGAUCACAGCCACAGGUCACUGCUUUAGGUCACAGCAUAGGUUAAAUGUUACAGCCAUAGGCUACUGCCGAAGGUCACAGCCAUAGGACAAAGCUGCAGGCUACAUGUUACAGCCACUGUAUAUUUGGAUGUUUUUUAUUCUGCCCCUGCAGGCUGCAGACCGAGUGUGCCAAUUACAGGAUGAUAGCGGAGGAGGCUUACAAACACAUCCUGGACAUACAAGAGAGGGACAUCGUGUCCAAGAGUCAGAACCUCAGAUUGAAAGACUGGAUGGAACUUUUAGAAGAGGUUUCCUUUUUGAAUGGUUUUAUGUGGUCUCAUUCUCUUUACUAUAGCACCAUAUUCAUAUACAGUUCCAUAUGGUGUUGUAAUGUUUACUAUAGAACCAUAUUCAUAUACAGUUCCAUAUGGUGUUGUAAUGUUUACUAUAGCACCAUAUUCAUAUACAGUUCCAUAUGGUGUUGUAAUGUUUACUAUAGAACCAUAUUCAUAUACAGUUCCAUAUGGUGUUGUAAUGUUCUGUUUACUAUAGCACCAUAUUCAUAUACAGUUCCAUAUGGUGUUGUAAUGUUCUGUUUACUAUAGCACCAUAUUCAUAUACAGUUCCAUAUGGUGUUGUAAUGUUCUGUUUACUAUAGCACCAUAUUCAUAUACAGUUCCAUAUGGUGUUGUAAUGUUCUGUUUACUAUAGCACCAUAUUCAUAUACAGUUCCAUAUGGUGUUGUAAUGUUCUGUUUACUAUAGCACCAUAUUCAUAUACAGUUCCAUAUGGUGUUGUAAUGUUCUGUUUACUAUAGCACCAUAUUCAUAUACAGUUCCAUAUGGUGUUGUAAUGUUCUGUUUACUAUAGCACCAUAUUCAUAUACUGUACCAUAUGGUGUUGUAAUGUUCUGUUUACUAUAGCACCAUAUUCAUAUACAGCUCCACAUGGUGUCGUAUAAACAUAUAGCAUCAUAUUAUUGUACAUUUCCACAUGGUGUUGUAAUGUUCUGGACAGAAUUACUUUUGUUUCAUAUAAUUACAUAUAGUUUUAUAUAUUAAUAAUGUACAUCCAUUUAUCCCAAAGUUUAAUCUAGUUUUAUGCAGUCUUAUUCCAUUUUCAUAAUGUUGUUUACAGUAGGCCUAUCAUAUUCAACAGAUUCUUAUAUUUUAAUAUAGUUUCAUGUAGUAUAUAGAGUGAGAUUUUUAAAAAUUUUAUGGAACUGUUGAUGUUACACUAGAAGUAACACUAGAAGUAAGAAAUAUUUGCUUAUCAGAUGCUCUUAAUAUGAUUUCUAUAAACUGAUAGAACCCAUGAUGACCACGUUUGAAUUUUGAGGUUGAUGCAUUCCACAGAUUAAAAAUAAAGUCCCCAUGAGGCUCAGUCAGGAGGAGAUGCAGAACGAAACAAUUCGAAGUCUUCAGCAGGAACUACAGAAGGUCAGUGCGGUACACCAGGGGCAGCAAGUGGGACAAGUUUAAUGUCCUUAUGACUAGGGGAAGUAACUAUGUGUAGCAACAAAAACAAAAAAGAUUUCAUAGUCAAGGGGCAGAAACUAUAGUUUAUUUAUCUUCCUUAUUCCUGUUAUAGACUCUUAAUUCUUUUUCACAGUGCCGAUCACAUCUUGAGAGUGAUGAAACCAUCUUUGCAGACAAGACAAGGGAGGUCAACUACUUGAAUGAAACCAUACAGGAAAUGGUAAAAGAUAGUUGCAGUUUUUUAGCCACAAAUGUUCUUUCUAUUUAAGAUUCAAUCACUGGCUUUGAUUUUUUUUUUUAAAGUUCAUUGUUAUAAAUUGUUAUUGUUCUUAGCAGUUUUUGCUUAACAUUUAAGUUUAAAAAAUUCUUUUGAAUUAUUUAUUACAUGUUUUAGGUUUCUGAUUAAUUGAACUUUAAAAACAUUUAUAUUUGCUUUAUUUCUUACAAUUUUUUUUAACUUGAAUUUUUUUUAAAUUUCUGCUUUGAUGUGCGCUUGUGAAAUUUAGGAAAAGUCCACAAAUUAUUUGGAGACCCAGCUGGAAGAGUUGACUCUGUUGUGCCAGCGGCAAUCUGAACAGCUCAUAGCACAACAGAUCAGAAUUGAUGUACUUGAGGCACAGUUGAAGGUUUCUUGAUUCAUUCUAUUUCUUUUUAUGUAAACUCUGAAUUUGGGGGUCAUGUCAUGGAGACGUUCAUUGUACUAUAAAGGAGCAUGACAACUGCACCCAUUGAAUAAAUAGACAGACAUAGUUAUUGAAAUAACUUGAUUUCUUCUUUCAAAAAUCUUAUUUUGUAAUCUAUCCUAUUUUUUUAAAAAUCAAGUAUUUGAAUUUCUUUAAUUGUAACCGAGAUCAUUGCACCACAUUUUUAGUUUAUGGUAUUAACAUGUUGCAUGUGUCAAAACAGAUGCCUACAAUACCAGCCACCAGCAUUGAUGAAACAUCAUCCUUACCAUCACUACCGGCCUACUCCGGCAGACGGCCCAAAUCUGUCCCUGCGCGCAUGCACACAAAUAAAGAUGAGGUAAAAGUUAUUCAACCUAUGACUCUGUCAUUUUAGAGUUGCAAUGAUAAUUCUCAAAACGUUUGUCAGUUACACUGUAAAACAAAGUUUGAUAAUUAAAUGGACAUUUUUUUGAAUUUGAUAUUAAUAUUCAGGAUAAAAUAAUACUUUUUUUUUUUUACAAAACAUUUUACUCCCACCACCAAAACUAGGCCAAUCUUCUGCGUCCACCCUCUCGGCUGAUCAAAACCAGCCCGGCCCUCUUCACACUAGAACGAGUCAUGCAGAGUUUCAGAGCUCGGAGUCAGUUGCUGAUUAGCAGACUGGAGGACUCUGAUGAAGUCCUGCACCAGACGUUCAGUGAUGAUGAGGAUCUGGAGGAGGAUGAGGGAAGGAAUCAGGACAAAAUGAAGUUUGUUUUUAAUUUGCUGCCUCAUCUUAUAUAGAGUUUAACAGUUAAUACUUCUGAAUGGAAAUUAGCGUCAUUAUUUAAUGCACAUCUGUAUGCACUGUUAUGCUAUCAACAUUGAGAUAGUUCUGUCAUACCAUACUAGAGUCAUUUUAUAAAGAAUUUAACAGUUUGGAAAACAGUUAACAAAUUUGUAUGGAAAAUAGUGUCUUUAUCAAAUAUCUGUAUAUACUGUUAUCCUGUCUAAAGUGAGAUAGUUCUGUCAUACCAUAGUAGAGUAAUUUUAUAACCAAAUGUGAUUCCCUAGUCACGCCAUUCUUUUGGGAGUCCCUGAAGAAGUUUUUUUUUUAUGCAUACACACACAUACAUUAGAUGGCAGGCUCAAAGAAGCAUGAUGUUUGUUUCACAGGACAGGCUCUCAAAUCCAAAGACGUGACACAUUCAAUGUUAAGAGACCUGUCCAAAGCCAUGAAGUCAACAGGUCACAAAACAGAGGAACCUUUCCAACAAUGCCCAGCACGAAUGGUACGUCACAUGUAGGACAGCUGGUCAGAAACAGCAUGUCACAAGUAGGAUACCUGGUCAGAAAUGGAAUUAUUGGGUAACAAAUAAGAUGUUGGGUGACUAUGAACUUUGUCUUAUUGCAAGUUGUCUUUGUUAACCUCUUUUUUUUUUUUCUUUUUUUUUUAAAUUUAUCAUGAUUCACAAAAAUAAUCAUUUAGAACCAAAAGUAAAUAUUAUUUUAUUUUUUUUUUUAAAUUUAUCAUGAUUAACAAAAAUAAUUAUUUAGAACUAAAAAUAAAUAUUUAUAAAUAAUAAAUCUUUUUUUUUUUUUUUUAAAUUUAUCUCUAAGGAAGAAAAAAAGAAAAUAUUCAUAUUUAACAUUGCAAUCUCAUGAGACUUGAAGAAUUUUCAGUUUUUUAAAGAAAAAAUGUGUAAGUCUCCACUUCUGAGAAAGCAAUGAAUAUUUCCUUUUUGGUUUAGAGUCUUUUUUUUCCCCCAUCAGGUAAUUGUGAAAUUACCAGGGCCAGCACCCACCUUGUUGAAAAACGCUCUGACAUAAGCAGAUCUAGCAACGAGAGUGGACGUCUCAUCAACAUGGAUGUCCAGUCCAGUGCUGAGAUUCACAGGAAACUUAUCAAACAGUCCCAGCUGAAGGCUCUGGAGGCACAUCAGAAGAUCAGGGAUCUGUCCAUCAAUAUUAGGUCAGCUUGAGUUAGGGUUUUGCGGAUCAGUUGUUUUUUUGUUGACAAUUUCUUUUAAAGUGUUUUCAUUUUUUAAUGUGUUCAAUACCGUUUGGAUACAGUGUUACAGGAAAUAAGCAACUGUGUCGCAUGAACAUCUUGCCUGAGGAUGCAAAAUUAAAUAAAUUAAUUAAUGAUUCACAAACAAUGUUUAUUUUUAGGUAGGAUACAUACGCAUAUAUAUAUGUAUAUCUUAUGUAAUUUAAUUAAUAAUAAAUUCAUUUAAUAAAUGUGAAUUUAAUUUAUACUUCUAUGAAUUUUUUGUUGUUGUACUGAUCAAGGCAUUUGCUGAAACACUUGUAUUCUGUGUAUUCAUAAUGAAAGCUUAACAAAUAUAUUGAUUUAAUUGCACAAAUUGUUUGUGCAUCAUUAAUCUACUUGAAAGCUUUAUCGCAGCCCAGAACUGUUAUAACUAGUUCGUUAAAUAUAUAAACAGCAAAUUCUGCACAUCCUAACAAAUCUGUCUCCAUUUUAUUAUUGAUGUAUCAUUUAACUGAAAUGGAAACCUAAAUUUUGGAACACAAUUUUAAGAUAAAGUUUAAGGAAAGCUUGGAUUAAAUUUCUUUGGUCAGACCAAUCAAACCAUAAAAAUUCAUGAGAGAAAUUAGAAGGAAAAAAAUGUAUUCAUUUUGUGUCUUUUUAAUCUGUUCAUCUUUUAAGGAUGAAAGAACAACUGAUCAGAGAACUGGUCAGGUCAGAGAAAGAUGCAGAGUUGAUGAACAAACAGUAUGCAGAGAAAAUCAAAGGCCUGGAAAAGGUACACAAAUAAGCAGAGACAUUUAAAAAAUAAAAGGAUCUUGAAAGUCCCUGCUAUGUUUGUCUAGCUCCAUUUUGAGCAGCGUUACUUUAGCCUCUCUGACAUGGUCAACAGCAAAAAAAAGUUUACUUUAGCCUAAUUUAUUUCAACUGCGAUAGCAAUGUAUUUUGGCCUAAUCCGACUUAUUUUUUUUAGGAAAAAGAAGCUGCCAAGAAGGAUCUGACAGAAGUUCAAAAGGCCCUGCAAUCUCUGGAGACUAAAGACAAAUCGGAAAUCUCCAACAUACAGAAAUUAGAAAUGUAAAUUGUGAUUUAUUUAUAUACAUUUUAAAAUCUUCACUUGGAAUGUACAGAUUUCAAAUUAUUUUCUCUACUGGCGACUUGAAGUAUGUAUAACUAGACUCUAUAAAUAUCAGUUACUUAGAGAAAUCCUCCAAGUAAAUUAUCCCCUCGCUCUUCCGAAAAAAUAACAAUUAUUUUCCAUUUUUAAAUUAAAAUGUCAAACUGUUGUUUUUUUAUAAUUAAUUUUGUAUUUUAUUUGUUUGUGUCUAUGGAUUUUAUCACAAGUCUUUCUCAUCUCCUAGUCAAUCAAUACAUCAGCUCUGGUCAAACAAUUUUGUCCUCAUGAUUUACAUACUUUCACAAGGUUUUUAAACAAAAUUAAUUCCAUCCUCAGUGACUAUAAAAAAAAGAUUGAGGAAGCAAAAGCCAAAGUUUCAGCCCUACAGAAAAAACAAAAAGAAACAGAAAAAGUUGCCAGCUUUGCCCACCAGCAUGAGAAGAAGUAAGCCAAAGUCACUUUUUUUAGAACAGGUUUUUUUCCCCUUCAAAUUAAAUAAAAUUUUGUCUCAUUACGUAAAAAUUUCAAUUUAUAUGCUGUUAUAACUAAAAUAUUUUCUUAACCCGUUUUUUUUGCUGAUGUUAUUUAUAGAAUUCAGGACUUGGAGUUGGCCAUAGACAGGAUGAAACAACAGCAGGAAACUCUGCAAAAAAAGCUGAAAGAAGAGGUUGAUCAGAAAGCAAGGCUGGAGGUAAGGCCAUAUUAAGUCUAUUUUCAAACAAGUUUUACAAAGAUUAAAUUUUUUAGUAAUUAUUAUUAUUUUUUCGUCAAAUUUGUUUUUUGAAAACAUUUUUAAAAGACUUUCAAGUGAUUAACAUUUAGAUGAUGAUAUACUGUGGCCAUCGGAUUAUUUGUUUAUAUAAACCAAUUCUGUCUAACCUUUUUGACUCUGUGGGCCAAAAUUGUUUUCCUUUGAACCAGACGUCUCAAAAGAAAGAUUUAAAAAAAAAAAAAGAAAUGCUUUCAAAUUUCCUAUACGUUUUUUUCUUACCAUAUUCUUUAAGAGUCACGUGUUAGCAUUAUCAGCCCAUCAUGUUAUUGAAGCUAAUAAAAGCUGUAGUACUUUUUUUUUUAAAAAUAUCUGGCUUUGAUUAUCGUACUUGCAAUGUUUGGUUGGUAUUCAGUAACAGAUCCCCCCUCAUCAGAUUUCCUAAAUGUUCAUCAGUCGGAGCCGUGCAAUUUUUUUUUACUUGUUGUUGGUCAUGGCAGAGAGUCCAGCUUCACGCUGUAUUCUCUUGAUUUUGUUUCUACUGGGUAAUCUUUGUAGAAUCUGUAUGCACUGACUUGUAGGGUCUCAGCAAGAUUUCAUAAAAGAACUAGAAGUCUGAAUUACUAAGUACCGGUUUCAUUUUGUCUCAAACUUACAAUCUCUCCCCAUAACUCCCCAUAACCUGGCUAGAAUGCUUUUAAUUUUAUCUGGUUCACAAACCCCCCCCCCACCCCCACCCCCCACCCCCUCUCGAUGGCCACAAUCGUUUGUUAUACCGGUUUCAUCUUGGCUCAAACUUACAAUCUCUCCCCAUAACUCCCCAUAACCUGGCUAGAAUGCUUUUAAUUUUAUCUGGUUCACCAACCCCCCCCCCACCCCCACCCCCCACCCCCUCUCGAUGGCCACAAUCGUUUGUUAUGCCUUUAGUACCAAAAGAUCUCAUCUGGGUUAAUCUGACCAGAGGACUUCCUUUCUUCCUGUCUAUAAAGCGUAGUUGUUAACCCAGGGUGCUUAGUUAUCCAGUUCAUCUAAACCAGUUCCCGUUGUGUGUGCAUGGACAUUUUUUAUAUGAACAGCCAGCUACACAUCAAGUUACCGUACUGUUGGUUUCUCAAUCUAUCUUUUCCAAUGCCGUUAAUACCUGGUAAUAAUAAUUAUACCUGGUUUCUGCAACACCUCCCUAGUGCAGGCAGCGAAAAGAAGAAGACACUAGUUUCCAAUUUCAUGUCACCCCCAUGUUCCCGAAUUGUUGACCUGCUGAUGCUCUUAACAGAAAUUACUGCUACCUGUCAAACCCUGUGAAUUCCUUCCAAGCCAUGACUUCUCCUCUGCCCUUAUGCAUUUUCUGAACAAUUCUCAACUUAUGAAUGUUGUUUGAAUUUGUUUCCACUUAACUUGAGUAUUUUUUACAUCCAUAAUAAAAAAUAUUGCUCAAGUUCUGGUGGGCCAUUUAAAAUAAGUCACAUGCUGGAUAGCACUGAUAUAGAUCUUAGGUUUCAUAAGUACUUAUAGAAAAAUUAUCUUAUGUGUAACUUAUUUCUUUUAGGUGUCAUUAUUUAUCUAAAAUCAUAAGUGACUUAUAUACUUAUAAAUAAAAAAUAUUAUGUGUCUUAAUUUAUUUACCAAACUCUCUGGUUCAUUAUUUUUUAAUAAAAAUUUAAUGUGACAUGCCUUACUUAUAGAAAUCGUUGGUUCAUUAUUAUUUUGCCAACAGAAAGAAAUGCAGCGGGAGGUGCAGAGAGUUAAGGACCUUGAGAUCAGGGAUGAGCAGACACAGAAAGUGUUGAAGAGAAAAACUGAAGAGCUCCUGUCUGCCAAAAGACGUCUCAGGUCUGCGUCGGGUGUCCUUCCUCCAAUCACAAGGUCAGUUGCCUCACUUUUAAGCUGUCCACAAAAAUUGGCAUGUGGGCUUGUGUACAACUCUGUCAUUUUUAACUGAUAAGCCAUGACAUUUUUAACUGAUAAGCCAUGACAUUUUUAACUGAUAAGCCACGACAUUUUUAACUGAUAAGCCACGACAUUUUUAACUGAUAAGCCAUGACAUUUUUAACUGAUAAGCCAUGACAUUUUUAACUGAUAAGCCAUGACAUUUUUAACUGAUAAGCCAUGACAUUUUUAACUGAUAAGCCACUGUGCAUUUUAAUUUUGGUGAGUGAAAUCGGCUCAAUAUAUUUGACUGUUGCUUACAGUGAAGAGCAAGAUAAAAUUGAGGAGCAGAGGAAAUGGGUGGAUGCCGAGGUGGAGAAAGUCUUGGAGCAACGGAGGCAGAAUGAGGAGCUUGAACAGGUCAGUGGGCAUUUUGUCUUAAAGCAAUCGGACAACAUUUUGUUCAUUUAUCAUCGUAUAAUUUCAAGUUUAUGGGUUAUUAGUUGAGUUCUUUGAAAAAAAAAAAAACAAAUUUCCUCUUUAGUAGCAACAGUAAGAGAUUAUUUUAAUAUAAAGAAAUGUUCACUAAAUAAAUAGAGAUUUUUAACAAAAAAUCACUCCCAUUACUGGGGUACUCUAACCUGUAGGUCUAUACCUGAGCUGUAGUUGUGAAACAUAUUUUUAAUAAUGAAGAAAUGUUCACUAAAUAAAUAGAGAUUUUUAACAAAAAAUCGUUCCCAUUACUGGGGUACUCUAACCUGUAGGUCUAUACCUGAGCUGUAGUUGUGAAACAUAUUUUUAAUAUAAAAAAAAAAAUACUCUCAACAAUUUAAUGAAUAUCACUGUUUAUAAAAAAAAAAUUACUUUAGUGAAACUGUGUUAUAAAAUAAUGCAAAGUAAGAACCUCAUGUUUGUUUAAGGAACUGAGGAGAAGGGAGGCAAUCAUAGCCAAGAAAGAAGCCAUUCUGGCAGAGAAGAGUGAGCUAGAGAUGAGGAAAAUGAGGUCAAGUCAGGCACUCAACAAGGUCAGUUGCAAUUCAUGUAAGGCCAAGGUCAUGGGAUGUGAGGUUGGCCUCAUUUAAAUAAUUGUAUUACUGUCUGAAUUUUUAUUUUUCGCUUUGGUUGACUUGGAUUGUCUCCCAUCUUUGAAUGAUUGCCUCCCCUGUCCUACAGAGUAUGCUGUCCCUGUCCUCAAAGCUGGACACGGUGGAGAGAAAGCUGGACGAGAAGAAGAAGGAACUGCCAGAGGUGACGGAAGACAGGAAGUUGCAGGUGAAGGAGGAGAUCCACAAGCUGAGGCACACGAGGGACAAGCUCAACAAACAGCGGGCGCAGCUGGACGAGAAACUGAGCGAGGGGAAACUUUUGUCAGUGGAGGAGGAGAGAAGGUAAGGCAUUGUGUGUUUAGCGGGAGGGUAGUGUUAGAAGGGUCUGUUUAGUGGACGUCUAGUGUUAGAAUGGUUUAUUUAGUGGGUGUGUAGUGUUAGAAUAGUCUGCUUAGUGGGAGUGUAGUGUUUGAAUGGUCUAUGUAGUGGGAGUGUAGUGUUGGUAUGGUCUAUUUAGUGGGAGUGUAGUGUUGGUAUGGUCUAUGUAGUGGGAGUGUAGUGUUAGAAUGGUCUGUUUAGUGGGAGUGUUGUUGUGGCAAAUGGAGGAGAGGAAGUAAGGCAGCUAGUGUUCAGUGGGUGUGUUCAGUGGGUGUGUUCAGUGGGUGUGUACUGUUGGCCAGUGGAGGAGAGCUGUUUAGUACUGGAAUUUUUGGCGAUGUUGGAACAUGGGAGUUGCACCUGCCGUGACAUCAAAACUGAGAUGUGUAUCAUGAAAUCUCACCUUUUUUUUUUCUUUCUUCUUCAGAUUGAUAGAAAUGGAUGAGGCUAUUGAAGCCCUGGAUGCAGCCAUCCAAUACAAAGAUGAGAACAUCCACAUCCGCCAGAUGGAAGUCAGACAGUCAUCUCAAGCUCUUGCACAGGUGUGAGACAUUUUCUGUCUAUUAUUAUGUAGAAACUUUUGCCAUGGACCACAAUUAUCAUGGCCUGAAAUUGAAUGUAAUAUGGGUGAUUUAUAAGGGGAUAGAGUAAAGUAACAAAGGUUAAUGGAAUAGCAGCAGCUACUUAAUUUGAACACUGGGCUCAUGUGCCCUGGGGGGGGGGGGUAUGCACAGUAAGCCAAUUCUGACCAUUUUUACGAGCUGAGAUAGAGUAAAGUAACAAAGGUUAAUGGAAUAGCAGCAGCUACUUAAUUUGAACACUGGGCUCAUGUGCCCUGGGGGGGGGGUAUGCACAGUAAGCCAAUUCUGACCAUUUUUACGAGCUGGCUUGUGUUGAGCUGGCUUGCGUUGAGCUGGCUUGUGUUGAGCUGGCUUGUGUUGAGCUGGCUUGUGUUGAGCUGGCUUGUGUUGAGCUGGCUUGUGUUGAGCUGGCUUGCGUUGAGCUGGCUUGCGUUGAGCUGGCUUGUGUUGAGCUGGCUUGCGUUGAGCUGGCUUGUGUUGAGCUGGCUUGUGUUGAGCUGGCUUGUGUUGAGCUGGCUUGUGUUGAGCUGGCUUGCGUUGAGCUGGCUUGUGUUGAGCUGGCUUGUGUUGAGCUGGCUUGUGUUGAGCUGGCUUGUGUCGGGUCAUUUUAGUUUCCUUUGGAACUCUUCUGUCGACAGAGUGAAGAAAACUUAAUUCAGCGCCUCAACUCCCUGACCACGGUUGAAAUCCGCGCCCUGCUUUCCAGAUACUUUGACAAAGUGGUCUGCCUGAGAGACGGGGAGCGGAAACUUCAUCUCAAGUGCAGUGAAAUGGAGGUACGAAGUCAGAAGUUUAUUUUCUUUCAAAUUUAGAAUUUUUUUUUUUUUUUAUCUUUAAUAUUAUUGUAAAUAGAAUAUCAUUCUCCAUAUCAGUGGUGUACAAUCUUGGGGUUGUAACCCAUUUUGGGGUGUUACAAGGAUCUUUCCCCAAUUUUUAGUAAAUUGGGGGUCCCCAUAAAUUCUUAGUGGGGUGGCCCUCAAAAAAAUAUUUGAGCACCACUGCACCACACAAUAAAGAGCUAAUAUUCCUCAUUUAGGAGAAAUUAUAAAGUGUUGUCUCCCAUAAAUAAAUUCAAUAUUUUGGAAAAUGACUAACAAUCUGAUACAGACCAUUCUUUAGAAAGCACAUGUACAAAUUUAAAAAAAAUAUACAUCAUAAAUAAAAUGUACACAGUUGUGGGCAUAAACUUCCUACACUUAUUAAAUAUGUUCUAAGAUUAGAAAUAGACUCUGAAUUCAGCGUUUCUAUGUGGAUUUCAAAGGAAAUAAGAAUUAGAAAUUUACAGAGUGUGUAUAAAGUUGGUUUAUUUAAAUUCAAGAUGUUCGAAAAGGCCCGACACUAGGUUAAUGAAUAAAAUUAUACCACUGAAGCCAGAUCUUUAUUUGUGGUGCAGGUUUCAAGGCACACAUCACAAGUAUUUUUGACCUCAGUGAUGUCAUGUCUUCCUACAGGUGAAAACUGAUGAGCAAGAGCGCCUCAUCCGGGAACUGGAAGGCGCACUGCAGAGGUCAGCACUGGAGCUGGACAGGAAGUUGACACAGCAGCAGAGGGAGUAUGAGCAGAAGAUCCAACUACUGAUGCACCAGCUGGCCGAGAUGGGAAGUGAGACGAACGGCCCGGCGACGGAGCUCAGUAAAGACAAGUGAGACAUCUGCUUUGUCUGCGGAACUUUUUUCUAUUUGGUUUUAUCACACAUUUUCACCAUUUAGUCCAAAUGCAAUUUUUUUUUUUUUUACUAUUUCAUUCACAAGGCUUGAACCCAACAUCAUCCUUUAAAAAUAAUACAUUGUUUAUUUUUACUAUGAAAUUGUUUUUUUUGCAUUUUUUUUCUAUGCUCGCUAGUUUUGCUAGUGCUCAUGUGCUGUUUUGGUUGGCUUUGUUUCAUUUAAAUUUUGAAGUUAACUUCAAAUGAAUGCACACUUAUAUUCACUUGUUUUUCCCCAGCAAAAUACUCAACCUGGAAAAAGAUCUUUACUACUACAAGAAAACAGCAAGAGAUUUGAGGAAAAAAAUUAAAGAACUCCUCAGCAACGGCAUCAUCUCAAGUCAGGGUUAGUGUUUUUACAGUAGUGACGUGACAACCUCAGAAUAUUUACAUUUCUUUCAACAUUUGACAGCACACAUCAUGCUUUCACAUCAGACAGGAAGCAGAUAAAUAUUCACUUUUGACAGCUAACAAAAAAGGAAAUAUUACAACAUUUUACAGACAACAUUUAAAAAUAUUGCCAGGGGAAGCUAAUUUAAAAUGAUUCCCUGACUAAUUAUUGUUGUAAAAUGUGUUGUUGUGUCUUGUUUUUUUGUUCAUGAAGUUGUGUUAGCUAUUUCUUUCAUAAAGGAAACAGAAAAUAAAAAUGCACUUUAGAAGUGUUAAAUUUUUUUGUAGAAAAAACAACAAACAAUCUCACAAGAAAAACGAGUCAUCGUAGAUAUAAUUUUUUUUUAAAAUGAAUGACGUUUGCAUUUAUUUUCUGCCCUCAACAGCUGCUGAAGACGUUGGACUGGUCAGCAUGUCUGCUCAAAGUAUUGACUCUGAGGUGGCCACCCCGAGGUACAGCGUCCAGUCACAGCCCAACCACCAGCAGAAUCACCACCACCAUCACCACAACCACCAGCCCCGCCAGAACCACACUGGCCCCAGGAACACAUUAAACAGGUUCACAUCAUCAACCGCAACAGUGCUAUAUUAAACUACUUAGGCUGCUGAGCUGACGUUGAACUAAAAAAAAAAAAAUUAACACAAUUCUUGAUUUUAACAAAGUCCCAUAAAAAAAUGUGUUAAUUAUAAAUUUGUGAAAUAAAUUUACAGUAGACAUUUCUUAUUUUACAUAUCUUAUUACAUUUAUUUAUAAUGUUACCUGCACUUGAGGCUCUCAGUAAAUAACGAAAUACCUAAGACUGGUAGCAAAUCUGGAAUAAAAAUUUCAGUGUUAACAAAAAAGUAUGUGAAAUAACAUACUAUUAAUCGUUGCCAGAUAUUAUUAAAGACUGGCUUAAGUUUGAAUUUUUAUGUGCACUGUGUAUAAUCUCAUGUGUCAUUUUAUAAAAUUAUUUCUUUCAGAUCCAAGGAGAAUUCAAAUGGUAGUGCGGCUCCCGACGCAGAACAUACUUCGCGACCUACAUCCUCCCGAGCUUCGGUUGGAGCAUCGGAGGGUCCAAACAUCACCACAUCAUCCCGCCCCUCAUCACGCACACAUCAUUCAGCAUUCCAGGAGCCCCACACCAACACAACUCCCUUAAAGAUAUCCAGACGCGACCUAAGACCCAUGUCAGAAGCAGAAGUUUCCCUCCGCAGGUCCAACCUGUCCACCAGAAGUCACACUCAGACACCCCGAGGUGAGCUCAGCUUACGCAUUUAACUACCUAUCAUAUAAAUUUUAAUUAAAUUACUUUUAUAUUGCUAUGACCGCAGGGUGAACGUGACGGGCAAUUUUUAUGAUUUUUUUACAGCGUUUGCUUUUUUAGAGACCAAAAACGAAUCACUGAUAAUAUGAGUUAUAUUACCACUGAGGUGAACAGAUUUUUUUAAAAAUUAAAUUUUGUAACUAAUUAGAAAAAGUUUGACAAAAUACUAAUAGGUUAAAAACAUGUGACACAAAUGCAGGGUGCUAAGACAGUUGACAGUGCAGGGUGCUUAGACAAUUGUCAGUGCAGGGUGCUAAGACAGUUGACAGUGCAGGGUGCUUAGACAAUUGUCAGUGCAGGGUGCUAAGACAGUUGACAGUGCAGGGUGCUAAGACAGUUGACAGUGCAGGGUGCUAAGACAGUUGACCAAUCUUUCAAUAAAUUAACACAAACAUCAAACAGCAAAAGAUAAUGCAAGAUAAAAGUCCAAACCAUUUAUUUUCAGAUUCCUUAGAAGAUGGAGGUCCUUAUCCCUGGGGAUAACUACCUGGAUCCCCGCUAGUGACUGGAUCAGUUGUUCCGUCACAGGACCCUGUAAAGUUUUGCCAUCACAGAUAGAGAUCGGCCUCUACGGUUUGAUGAUAGGAAACUCUUGGAAAAAUCAACGCCUCUUGAAACCCAUUUGCUACUGUUCCAGAGCAUUAGCUUUUUUUUAAAUGGUGGCCGGUUGAUAGAUUUUGUAACGAAGUCAGAUGUAAAAACAUAUCGUCCCCGAUCUUACACACACACGUUUUCUUUUGCCGUCCUUAUACUACGUAUUGGUGUUGUCUCCCAUAGCUGAACUCUUAGGUUGUGACCUGUAAAGUGUUCUUAUUUAACGGGUGACAAAGUGUGUCCUGACAACCUUCCCUUGAUUUUUUAAAUUGUUUACCAAAUCAUUAAUUCCAUUUUGAAUAAGACUUCUGGUAAAGCACCAGAACAGAAAUGGAUGAAUAUAUUAAGUGCCAUGCAUUCAAUACUUUUUU